UUUCUGAGCUCAGGGCCGGGGAUUAAACGGUCGAGAACAGUCCCAAUACGAUGACAGUACGCACCACACCGUCCGGGACACGUAUUCUACCGAUUCCGACAAGCUAUUCUGUCAUCUCUCUUUAGUCACUUCAUUGGGCCCUCCCGGUUCACAACCCUGGUCUGUCUCUUUCUGUAGAACACGAGGUGACUACGGGUAUUAAAAAUUCUGAUUGGUUCUGAUGAUCACAAGGGCCCUCCUCCACCUCUUCUCGGCUAAUCCCGAUGGGACUCCGGAGCUGAUGUCACAGAAGGCAAGAGGGUUUUCCUGUUCGGGAAUCCAGAAGAGACAAUCCAUACCACGUUAAAUGGAGGAGAAGGAGAGGAGUAGGAGCCGGUCUCCUUCUCGUAGCCGUAGGGCCAGCCGGGUGCAGCAGGUGGUGGGGACGUUGAUCAGACGCACCCGAGAAUCACUCAGCAGAGAGCGGAUCCUUGGCGAUGGGAGGUCCAACCGGUCAGGCAGCGUGUCCAGUCAGAACUUCCCGGUGAGGCUAACGGUUCAGAUCGUCAGAGACCCGGUGUUGGACUCCAGAGGUCAUGGGUUCACCCUCUCCAAACAGCACCCCCUGCUGGUCAGGGACGUGUCUACAGGUGGCCCAGCGGAUGGCAUACCUGCUACCCUGGAGACCAGUGUUACAGAUCAAUGACCUGCUGGCAGAUGAUCUCAGCUAUGAACAGCUGCAAGACGUCACCAGGUAACGUGUUUCUUCUGUCCCUUACUCUGUUUUCUCCCUCUGUUGCUCAGUCUCUAUAUUCUAACUAGAUAGUAGUGUUAUUAGUCCGGUACUGGGACUUUCCAGCGUAUUCAGUUCUGAAAGCAUACUUUCAUUUGUGCGAUUGUGUGUGCGCUCGCGUGUUUGCGUGUGCUGUGUGUGAGUUUGAGCGUGUCAGGUCAAUGUCAGUGUAGUGGAAAUGCCUACAUGACUGCUGACAGAAACAUCUUGCCUCUGUGUUUCUUCAGGGACUUGAGGACUCUGUCACAAUGACAAUCUUAAGGCACAUGACAGGUCCUAAGUCGUCCAUCAUGUCGGCGGAGAAGAGGGCUCGUCUGAGGAGUAACCCGAUCAAAGUGCGCUUCGCAGAGGAAGUGGUCGUUAACGGUCACACUCAGGGAAACUCUCUUCUGUUCCUGCCCAACGUUCUGAAGGUCUACCUGGAGAACGGACAGACCAAGGCCUUCAAGUUCGACGCUACCACCACCAUCAAGGACAUCGUUCUGACUCUGAAGGACAAGUUGUCCAUCUGCUGUAUUGAGUACUUUGCUCUGGUGCUGGAACAGCAGUAUAGCAUCACUAAGCUACUGCUCCUGCACGAGGACGAGCUUAUACACAAGGUGAGAACAGAGUUUGGUCUGGAAUGCUUCAUCUCUCCCACUCUGCUCAGUAACAUGAGAGAGAAGGACCUGAGGAAAGCCAUCAGCUACCACCUCAAGAAGAUCCACUCACUGCUGGAGCCACGACAGAAGGUUAUCUCAGCCACUCAGGCCCGGCUGGCCUACCUCACCCAGCUUGGAGAACUAAUCUCCUACGGAGGCCGCUCCUAUACAGCCACCAUGAUGUUGCAGGACCGGGAGGCGCUGGUCAGUCUGUUGGUGGGGGCGCGCUAYGGCCUGAGUCAGGUGGUCAACCACAAGCUCAACAUGGUGUCAACCCUGGUAGAGUUCAGCAGCAUCAGUAGAGUGGAGCUGCUCUCUGAGUCRGACAGAGUCAGCCUGCUACGUAUCUCCCUGCACGACAUCAAGCCUUUUGCCUUACUGAUGGACUCUCUGGCAGCCAAAGACUUGGCGUGUCUACUGGGGGGCUAUUGCAAGCUCCUGGUGGACCCCAGAGUGUGUGUGUUCCGUCUGAGACGCCCCAAGGUGCGGGUGCACAGGAUACCUGCUGAGGAAGGCUAUGUGUCCCGCUGCUGUAGUGACUCCGAUGACUCGUCAGACGAGGACUACCCCACCGAGCCUCCACCAACUCACACCCGCAAACGCCCCGCACCUGCCAGCAAAGACAGGGAGGGGUGGAGGAGUGAAGAAGAGGAGCAGAGAGGAGCGGAGGGAAAGAAAGAGAGAGCUGGGAAAGAAUACGAAGAGAAACAAGAGGUGACGAUCAUUGAGCUGUCAGAGAAGGACAUGGAGGUAGAGGAAGAGAACGGAAGGGAAGUGAGAGGAAGAGAGAUCAUGCUAGGAAUUAAAGCUAACGCAGGAACAGUGGAACACGACAACUGGUACCACACAGACCCGCGGGUCAACAGUAGCUUCUCCAGCCUGUCCAGCGGCUCUCUGAAGGCGGCCUUGGAGGAGAGCAGCGCUGCAGCUGCAGCCAGAGGAGGAGGCCCAGCCAAGGCCUCCUCUCGCUUGGUCGCCCUGCGUGAGGACAGCCCCUCUCUCCGGUCCCAACGGCCAACUCAGGGGACCACAACCCUGGAUGUCCACCACCCGUUCCUCCUGGAGGUCACAGCUCCCUCUCCUCAGCGUCAGAGAGAGGGCGCCCCCGGCAGCACGGCCUCUGCCCCCGUACGCCCCACCAACCUGAGUUACCGCAGCAACGACAGCUCGUGCCUGUGCUUCACUGAACACUCCAAGGGCAGCUAUCUCCCCAGCCCCCYCGAGGCCACCAGCGACGAGGAGGAGACGGAGGAAGUUGACGAUGACAACGAUGAGGAGGAACUGAGACGGCUCUCUAAGAUCCCAAGUCACGUAGACCUGCGCCUCAUAGACAAGAUCUGCGCCCAGUCUAACAAAACUGCUUCCAACAACAAGUUAGACAUCCCCAUCCACAUCUCCUUCUGUGAAAAGAGGGCGGCUUGUAGCUCCACCCRCAAAGGGGAGGAGAGUCUAUCAAGACACUCCGGAGAUUCCGGUCCUUUCCUAACGCCGUCCCCUAACGCUCCUCCUCCUGUUGCUAGGGAAAGUGCCUCAGAGUCAGACGAUGAGUUCUUCGAUGCCCAGGAGCGGUUCACUCCUCCAGUUCCUCCUGAUGGCACAGAAAACAGUUUGGAUGUGGCUGACGAUAAUAGACACAGUAAACGCUGGAGUGGCACAGGAAAGGGACUGCCAGUGGUACCAGAGAGGGAGCCUCCCUCACCCCUCAAAAAGAAGCACUCCUCACCUGACCACAAGAAACAGCAGGAGACCCAACGAGACCCAAAGCUCCACUCAAACCAGUCUUCCAUGCAGAGUGUCGAUGCCAAGAUCAAACCACCAUUGGCCCCCAAGCCCCAGCUACCCCCAAAACCUGAACUGGCCCCUAAACCUGAACUGGCCCCCAAGCCCCAGAUAGACCCCCAGAGGUCUCCCAAGUGUGGGGGUCCGUACGCCCACUGUAACGGGGAUGCUCGUGGGGGUCACGCGGGGCUCUUGGAGAUAGACACCAUGGAGCCGGAAACGAUGGAGUUUAAAUCAGUCACCUCGGGGGCGGGGGGGCCUCCACUCUCCUCCCCCCUCAUCACGGCUGUACGGAAGAACCAGCAGCCCCCUGCUGAACCUCAGGCUGUGGAGAACGGGCUCAGGCAAGAGAACGGGCCUAAGAUAGAGAACAGUUCUAAGCAAGAGCACAGUUCUAAGAUAGAGAACAGUUCUAAGAUAGAGAACAGGACUCCUAACAUGCUUCCUAAAGAUUGUGUUCUGGUCACUGCUGACAAGCAGACAGCGAGAGUUGAAACUAAAACAAAUGGGAUUUCCCUGCCGAAGGGAGAGGUCCGAAAUGGGGUUGGGGUGGAACCCCCGAGAAAGCUGCAAAGCUUAUCCCCCAUUCCACGUUCGGCUUCAGGAGAUGAGAUCAGGUUGAGCCUUACCAGCCCUCCACCGCUCUCUCCCAGAACCUCCCCUCCUUCUCUUCAUCCCCUAACAGUCCUCCCCAUCCCGGUCUCACCGAAGGAGAAAGAGGGGGUGUCCCCACCGAACGGCCUCCACCCCUGGGGCAGUCGCAAUGGGAGCGCUCAGUCCGGGAGGAGGGUCUCUCUGAGUCACGACAACCUGUCCCCCAAAAACGCAGACGGCCCCCUCAGUCUGACCACCUCCCUCACCACCUCCUCUAAAGGGACAGCGGGAGGCCCAGAGAGCACAGGGAGGUCAGGGUCAGGUUCAGACCUGAGGGUCAGUUCUUCCAGCCUGGGGGGCCGUCUGCCUACCUCAGCCCUGAGAGGGCGGAUCCAGGCCCUGCCCUGGUACAUGACCCGCUCCCAGGAGAUCCUGGGCACCCUGGACUACCCCUCCACCAGCUCUGUCAACGAGGAUGUCACGUCCGGGUACGGCUCCGGUCUGUCGGUCAGCGGAGCCUCCGAGGUCAGCAAGGUCACUGCCAAGGCAGUAGGUGAGACUGCAGCGGGUAAAGGGAAGAAGGAAGUGCUGGAGGAUGGAGCCGAGGUCGUCAUAGCGACCAUCAAAGAGUUCCAGGAAGUGACUCCCCGUUUGAAGGAGGCCAAUGGGACGAACGUGUCGCACCCCAACCAGGCCCUGAGAGAAAAUGGGCCGCACGUCUCUGAGCCUUAUGGGUUUCUGGGCUCCUGCAAGUCGGAGCAGCCCCAGUCCAGGCCCCACUCAGAGGUGGGGUUAGGGGGUGGUUCAGGCCCACCCCUAGAGGGGGACUCUCUGGUGCACACCCCUCCACAGGCCCACCGCGAGGCGUGUGGGUGCCGCACCGUCUACGCCAACUGCUUCAGCGGCGACGUGGAGGAUGGCUGCGGCUUUGACGAGGAGCUCACAAUCUACGAGUUCUCCAAACGCACGCGCCCCAAACAAGCCCGCUCUACACCCCUGCCCUCCCCCACCUCCCCUGUCCCCUCCCCCAACAUCCUGUCCCUGCUGAGGGACACCCCUCGCCCUCUCUCUACCCUCUCCACUGCCUCCUCAGAAAUUAGCCCCCUCCUAUCCCGCCCUGUCUCCCCAACGCCCCCUAUAGGCGCCCUGCGCUCCCUCACCAACAAACGCUACGUGGGGCUGAAGGGGGGCUUUGCCUCCCUGAGGCAGGACAUCGAUCAGCUACGCCUGGUCCUGGAGAGAGGCACGACUGGGCCACCACCAUCAUCAGAACACUCUAAAACAGACCAGGAUGGGUGUGGAGAAGAGGGACCCAACCAAGACGUGGGGCAAGAGGAGGGUCCGACCCCAUGCUGUGGAGGGGCAAGUCCUCUACUCUUGACAGAGGCUGAGAGGAGUUUACUCCAGGCAGAGGCCCGGCGGUUGGCAACAGGGUGCCAGCGUGCCACGCGUGUGGGCUGGGCUCCGGAGGAGGCGCUUCGGUCCUUAUCCAACAGCUUUAGUGCCCUUGUGCAGCUCUCUGCAGCCUGCCUGAGAACACACCCCUGUCCUGGCUGUGACAUCUGCCGCAAUAGGCGUCAGAUCCACAGCACUGAUGAUGAGGGCCAGGAGGAGGCUCUGGACAAGCUGAAGGAGAUUGUAGGGCUGUACCGGGAGUUUGUUGGGGCUGUGGAGACGGCUGAAACCAGGGCUGGGGCUGGCAGUGGGACUGGGUCUGGGAAUGGACAGAGGCAGGGAGAGGGCGAGGGGGUGAGGCUGCUGGCCAAACGCUGCACGGUGCUCAUCUCUUCCGUCUUUGCGCUCACGCAGCUGUUCAGGAUGCACUCGCCGGACACGACAGACCUGCUGGGUCAAACACCUUUCCACUUUUGACCUCUGAACUUUUAAAACCCCUCCUCACCGCCAGGACUGAGGUGAGAUGAGGGGAGGACUUAGUAAGAGAAGGGAGGAGGAGGAAGGGCUGUUGACACGAUUCUUUAGCAAAGUGGGAUCUGGUGUGUGGCCCUACAUAUAGUUCAGUACAUACACACUUGUACAGUAAGUGCCAUGCACACCACAGCACACAGAAUAAACACACACACACACAC